AUGGAUGAUAGACGUGUUAAGAAGUUAACUCAUUUAUUUUCGUUAAAUAAACAAAUUUACAAAGAUGGUAAUGAUUGUUUUCUCUGUAGUGCUUGUAAAUUAGGUAUAACAGAUGAAUUUUAUUUACGCGCUGGUUCAGGAAUUUAUCAUGAAACAUGCUUACAAUGUUCAGUUUGUCAAAUCGUACUUGAUGAACAAUCAACAUGUUUUUUAAAAGGUGUACAUAUUUUAUGUCGACAAGAUUAUCAUAAAUAUUUUUCAAAUAAAUGUUCAAAAUGUACUCGUUUUAUUCAUCCAAAUGAUUGGAUUCGACGUGCAUGUGAUAAUAUUUAUCAUUUAACAUGUUUUGCAUGUUAUAUAUGUGAACGACAAUUAUCAACAGGCGAAGAUUAUUCUUUAGAAGAUGGCCAUAUUUUAUGUAAAAUGCAUGUUAUUAAUAGAAAUGAUGAUAAAAAUGAUGAUAAUAAACAAAAUAAAACAAAAAGAAUUCGAACAGCAUUUAAUGAAGUACAAUUACAAAUUUUACAAGCUAGUUUUGAAAUUGAUCAAAAUCCAGAUGGACAAGAAUUAGAUCAUAUUUCUCAAGUAAUAGGAUUAAGUAAACGAGUUAUUCAAGUAUGGUUCCAAAAUACUCGAGCUCGACAAAAAAAGCAAAAGGCAAUAUCUCAAAUACAAAUGCCAAACAGUGAUAGUGAUACUUCAAUGUCUGAUGAUAUUGGUGAUAGUGCGUUAGUUUAUAUUUCAUAA